AUGGAGCUCUAUUUGCUCUGGCGUUGGGUUUUCAACACCCAGGGCGUACCUUCCAGCCACAGCAGCGAGGGCUCCCGACAGACCGGUCAUGAUCCCGGGCGAGCCACCGAACACUGCUGCGCAUAUACAUACAAUCCACGUGCCAUGCAGCGCGACAUGAGGCGGUAUCCCGGCGAUGAAGCUGAAACUAAUGAUUUCUGGAAGCAUGGUCAUGCCGCACAGCAGCCCGUUGAUGACUUCAGUGAGGUAGUACCUAAAGUUUUCCCUCGGUUUGGAGGUGAAUCCCCACCCACUGGUGACACCGGUCGAGCAUUUCACCAGGCUUCUUAG